CCUUCUCUCUCUCUCUGUUAUCUCUUUUCAUUUAUGAUUAAAUAAUAACUCUUUUUUCCUUUCACGUUCAACAUUUCUCAUCUCAUCUCAUCAUCGUCGCCAUCAUUCACCCAUAUACAGCGUAUCAUAAUUUUCUGCAACUCGUUCUCUUUCUCUCUGAAUUUAUUGCAUAUCUCAAAAGAGAGAAAAGAGAGGGACCACACCACAUAACCGCCGCAACCGAUUCGUUCAUUUUCCUAUUCAACUUUCUUUCUUCUUCUUCUUCCGUCUUUCUCGCAAUCUCAUUAUCGCCGUUGAGAUCUCAGUGGAUUUGGCAUUUGCAGACAGUGUUUGUUGAAAAAGGAGCAUCUAGCUAUGUCUAACACUACAAAGGUUUUGGAUCCAGCAUUCCAUGGAGUGGGUCAAAGAUUAGGAACUGAAAUAUGGAGGAUUGAGAAUUUUCAACCGGUUCCAUUGCCCAAAUCUGAAUAUGGGAAAUUUUACAUGGGAGAUUCAUACAUCGUCUUGCAGACCACACAAGGCAAAGGAGGUGCUUAUUUUUAUGACUUACACUUCUGGAUUGGAAAGGAUACAAGUCAGGAUGAGGCUGGAACAGCUGCCAUUAAAGCUGUUGAACUUGACACAGCUCUUGGAGGACGAGCUGUGCAACACAGAGAGAUUCAAGGACAUGAAUCUGACAUUUUUUUGUCAAAUUUUAGGCCAUGUAUCAUACCAUUGGAGGGGGGUGUUGCAUCUGGAUUUAGAAAACCUGAAGAGGAGGAGUUUGAAACACGGUUGUAUGUAUGCAGAGGGAAAAGAGUUGUCAGAUUGAAACAGGUCCCGUUUGCAAGGUCUUCAUUGAACCAUGAUGACGUGUUCAUUCUUGACACCGACAAUAAGAUUUAUCAAUUCAAUGGUGCAAAUUCCAAUAUUCAGGAAAGAGCCAAGGCUUUGGAAAUUAUACAGUUUCUGAAAGAAAAAUAUCAUGAAGGAAAAUGUGAUGUUGCAAUUGUUGAUGAUGGAAAGUUAGACACCGAGUCAGAUUCAGGUGAAUUUUGGGUCCUCUUUGGUGGUUUUGCUCCCAUUGCAAAAAAGGUAAUCAGUGAGGAUGAUAUCAUUCCAGAGGCAAUUCCUGCUCAGCUGUAUAGUAUUGUUAAUGGUGAAGUCAAGUCCGAGGAAGAUGAACUUUCUAAGUCACUGCUGGAGAACAACAAAUGCUAUUUACUGGACUGUGGUUCUGAGAUAUUUAUUUGGUUUGGCCGGGUAACACAAGUGGAAGAACGAAAAGCAGCUUGCCAGGCAGCUGAGGAGUUUGUUUCAAGCCAAAAUAGGCCAAAAUCUACAAGAAUAACAAGGAUCACUCAAGGUUUCGAGACACGUUCAUUUAAGUCCAACUUUGAUUCUUGGCCAUCAGGAUCUGCUGGUCCUGUCGUCGAUGAGGGAAAGGGAAAAGUUACAGCAUUGCUAAAGCAACAAGGGAUGGGUGUCAAAGGAAUGACAAAAAGUACCCCAGUAAAUGAGGAAAUUCCUAAUUUGCUUGAAGAAGGUGGAAAGAUGGAGGUAUGGAGAAUCAAUGAAAGUGCCAAGACCUCAUUGCCGAAGGAGGAUAUUGGCAAAUUUCAUAGUGGAGAUUGUUACAUUGUACUGUACACAUACCAUUCUGGUGAGAGGAAAGAAGAUUACUUCUUGUGCUGCUGGUUUGGCAAAGACAGCAUUGAGGAGGACCAAACACUGGCUUUGAAAUUGGCUAAUACAAUGUCCAACUCUUUGAAGGGUAGACCUGUUCAGGGUCGCAUAUUUGAAGGUAAAGAGUCGCCACAAUUUGUUGCUCUUUUCCAACCCAUGGUAGUCCUUAAGGGAGGUUUGAGCUCUGGAUAUAAACAAUUUGUAGCAGACAAAGGCUUAUCAGAUGAGACAUACACGGAAGAAUCUACUGCCCUUAUCCGAAUUUCUGGAACUUCCAUCCAUAAUAAUAAAGCAGUGCAAGUUGAUGCAGUGCCAUCCUCAUUGAAUUCUACCGAGUGUUUUGUCCUGCAAUCUGGCUCUACAAUUUUCAUUUGGCAUGGUAAUCAGUGUUCCUUUGAACAGCAGCAGCUAGCAGCAAAGGUCGCAGAAUUUCUAAGACCAGGAGUUGCUUUAAAGCAUGCUAAAGAAGGUACAGAAAACUCAGCUUUCUGGCUUCCACUAGGAGGAAAACAAAGUUACACUAGCAAGAAAGUUGCUAAUGAGGUUAUCAGAGAUCCACAUCUAUUCACCUACUCAUUGUAUAAAGGAAAGUUACAUGUAGAGGAGGUUUACAACUUCUCCCAAGAUGAUUUGUUAACAGAGGAUAUCCACAUACUGGAUACACAUGCAGAAGUGUUUGUUUGGAUUGGUCAGUGUGUUGACCCAAAAGAAAAGCAAAAUGCUUUUGAAAUUGGCCAGAAAUACAUAGAUGUGGCUGCAUCUCUGGAGGGACUAUCUCCACGUGUACCCUUAUAUAAAGUAACAGAAGGGAACGAACCUUUCUUUUUCACAUCAUACUUUUCAUGGGAUUGGGAUCAUUCAAAAGCAAAGGUUCACGGGAACUCGUUCCAGAAAAACGUGACGUUACUCUUUGGGACUGGCCAUGCCGUGGAGGAAAAAUCAAAUGGGUCAAGUGGACCAAGACAAAGGGCAGAGGCUUUGGCUGCUUUAUCUUCUGCUUUUAGCUCAUCGACUAUGAAAACGAGUAUGUCACAGGAGAGAUUGAAUGGGUUAAACCAUGGAGGGCCAAGACAAAGAGCGGAAGCUUUAGCUGCUUUAAACUCUGCAUUUAAUUCUUCAUCAACGACGAAGAGAGUUGCUCCUAAGCCACCUGGAAAAGGUCAAGGAUCACAAAGAGCGGCCGCCUUGGCUGCUCUUUCAUCAGUUCUUACUGCUGAAAAGAGCAAACAAUCACCUGAUUCAUCUCCUGAGGCCAGCCACAGUCCAGAGAGUGACAAUUUUGAAGUUAAAAAUGGAAGUGAAUAUUCUGAAGUUGAUGAAACUACUGAAGCCAAGGAAAUGGAAGAAGUUUCCCCGCAAUCUGGUAGCAAUGAGGGUCUGGAAUCUAGUCAAGAAAAUGUGGAAGAUGGAAAUAAUGACCAGAGUAGUCAAGGGACAUUCAGUUAUGAUCAGUUAAAGACUACGUCUGGCAAAAAUGUGCCUGGAAUUGACCUUGAACGGCGAGAGGCUUAUCUGUCAGACGAAGAAUUCCAGACCGUAUUUGGAAUGGCAAAAGAAGCAUUUUAUAAAUUGCCGAAAUGGAAGAAAGACAUGCUGAAAAAGAAAUUUGAAUUGUUCUAGAGUUGACAUAAUUAGCGACAUAUAUGCUUCUUUAGCUAAUUAUCUUUUUCCUCGGUUAUCUUGAAAUGUACUUAUCUAUUGGAUAGUGUGUUUUAUUGGUAAACCACUGGGAUUCAUAUGAAUAGUGUUUUGCUUUAGGCUAUAAAUAUGAUAGAGCUAUUGGUGUCCAAGUUUGAAUGUGACACUGCAUGGAGAGUGGUAUUAGUUCCUCUUUUUAAUUGCUGCUGCCUCAUGGAAUCUUUACAUACUGUAGCAUUGAAGACAUUAGAAACUGCACAGGUCCAACUUCUUUCAUUUUGUAAGUUUGUACUUAAAAUACUUGAUUUUUUCUUCUUUUUAUUGGUUAGAAAGGUGGGUGUAUAUGUAUUGUAUUUUAUUUUAUAUACUCAAUCACAAUAAAAGGAAAAACCAAUUAUUUUUACUUA